UCUCUCCGUAGACGAAACCGUCUUCUCUCCUCUAAAGUAAACGGAGGCGCAUCAUAGGAUUACGAUAUUCUCACUCUCUACGAAUACAGAACAAUAGUUACGAUAACACUCCGAACCCGAUAAACGUUGCUUGUUUCACGCAUUCGCGUGUCAGUCUUGAACAGGCGCGCGUGCAGGAUAGCGUCACAUAGUCGGGGCUAUAUCGUAGCAAAGAGACAAACCAAACAAGUCUCGCAAGCCCGUAGCUGAAAUGAAAGUCACAUACGCCGCGCUGUGCGUAGCGUGUUUCUACGUACUCUCGUUCGACUUGAACUCGGCUAAUGGCGAACUGGUGGUGAACGUGAAAAACGGCACUCUCGAAGGCAUCUUUCUGAAGACCAGGAAAGGUAGAGAGUACGCCGCCUUCAGGGGCAUACCGUACGCGCUACCACCCGUUGGAGAACUCAGGUUUCAGCCGCCGAAGCCUUCCGCGAGUUGGACGGGCGUUCGAUCGGCCAAGGAAGACGCCGGUAUCUGCGUCCAACGGAACAUCUACACUUAUCAGGAGGAGAUCGUAGGAGUCGAGGACUGUCUCUACCUCAAUGUCUACACACCGAAGCUGCCCACCUCCCCUUCCGGUCUGGACAACCCUCAUUCGGCCCUUCCCGUUCUCGUCUGGUUCCACGGGGGCGGUUGGGUCACGGGUGCCGGUCACUCCGACUUCUACAAUGCGAAGUUCCUUCUCGAUCACGACGUAAUCCUGGUCACCUUGAACUUCAGAUUGGGCCCGUUGGGCUUCUUGAGUACCGAGGAUCUCGUCUCUCCCGGCAAUCAGGGAAUGAAGGAUCAGUCUCAAGCACUGCGGUGGGUUCAGGAGAACAUCUACGCGUUCGGCGGUGAUCCCAACAGGGUGACGAUAUUCGGAGAGAGUGCUGGUGGCGCUAGCGUAAAUUACCACAUGAUGAGCCCCCUUUCUCGCGGCCUGUUUCAACGCGGCAUAUCGGAAAGCGGUACGGGCUUAUGUCCUUGGGCUCUAACGAGACCUGGGCUGGGUAUCAAUCAGGCGCGGCGCCUCGGGCAACUGUUGGGCUGUGUCGAGGAAGACACGAGCAAACUACUCGAAUGCCUCCGCACGAAAGAUGCCGUCGACAUCAUAGGUACGGAUCGCGACUUCCAGAAAUUCGGCUACUGUCCCAUGAUUCCGUUCCGACCAAUCGUCGAACCGAAUCAUCCGGGGGCUUUUCUUACGGAAGAUCCGGCGGAGGCUUUGAAGGCCGGUCGCAUCGCUGACAUCCCUUGGAUGUCCGGUAUCACCUCUCACGAGGGCACGCUCAAGGUCGCUGGAAUUUACGGAUUGAACGACGGCGAGGACGUUAAACGGCUCGACGACGAUUUUCAAAAGAUCGCUCCCGUGACACUACUCUACGACAAUUAUUGCACGGAGGAUCAUCGGUCGGAGGUGACCAAGAGAAUACGAGAAUUUUAUUUCGGUGACUCGCCGAUCGACAAUUCGACGAAGUGGAACCUCAUCGACCUCUACUCGGACGCUUGGUUCAACGUCGCCGCGGACAACGCGAUCAGGGAUUUCUUCGACUUCCAGUCAUCGCCGGUAUUCUACUAUUACUUUGCUUACCAAGGUGAGGUUUCGUUCAGCACUAUAUUCGGUGAUCCGAAGGGAGAUUACGGAGUUUCGCACGCCGACGAACUACAGUAUCUAUUCCCGGUCGGCGAGCAGCUCUUCAAAGAUAAAACUCUCGGCGACGAAAGCUUGAAGGUCGUCGACAUCAUGACAACCUUGUGGGCAAACUUUGCAAAGUCUGGAAACCCAACACCCGAGAUAACGGAUGCCGUUCCGGUCAAGUGGCAGCCAGUUCGGACGCACAAUUUGGAGUAUCUACACAUAGGGGGGUCCGAGAACCUGUUCAUGGGUUAUAAUCUGCUACGGGAUAGAAUGCAGUUCUGGGCAAGUCUUCCGCUUCGGGGACUCUCUUUCGCGGAGGGAGGUGAAACGCCUCGUUCCAAAGAUGAAUUGUAAAUAUAAUAUCCGUGUUGCUAUCGCGCAAACGGUGAUCGAUGGUUUAGACGGAGCCGGUGGCGUAUAGCGAACUGAUUAUCGAAAGCUCUGACUAGAACCAGGUUGGAAAUGUACAUUAUGCUUUUUAAAUUGUGUUCUCGGACACUGCCGAUGUGAAUAUUUUGGCGGGGUCGAAUAAAAAAAUUCCGUCGCAAAACGA